GUGAGACAGAGAGAGAAAGAGACGUCGACCCGUCUCGCGCCUCCUCUCGCGCGAAUCAGUUCUCCGACCGAACACACGACGGCGACUUGCCAAACCGCGGGACUCCGGGUCUCCUAAAAGCGAUACGAGGGUAUCGCGUCGUCGCGACGUCGUCAUCGGCGACUGGAAAUUUUCGGGUUCUCGUAGAGACGUUGCGACUCUCGAGAGAUGCGUCGCGUGUGCACCGCGACGGGGUAAGAGGGAGAUAACGAGCACGCGGCGGAGCAACAGUGUUCGGCGACCUUCCUCUGGAGUGCGCCGGCCGGAGAGACGGUGAUAGGGGGCAAGUCAGGUGUCUCCACGGUAGAGGAUCCCGUGAGAGGGUCGCGAGGUCAGCGAGAGGGCAUCGUAUCUCCUGCGAUUCGGUCUGCGUGAAGGCGUGGUGGGUCACGUUCGCGUGUGACAGCGCACGGAGAUAACGCGCUUCCGUAAACACGUGAAGGAGCCAUGGGAUUGAUAGUGAGAAACCAAUCGCGAGAUGAUGCGCUGAUGAAUCGAGAGAUAGAUAUCUAAUCGAGUAAGAUAGAUUAGCGAUAAAAUCGAAUACGCGAACGAAGAGGAGAGAAAUAGAGUAUAAAGGACGGUAUUUUUUCGCGAAUUAUAUUAUGUGUUAUCCGAAAAUCUCGGUGAAUUUUCCAACGGCAUCCUCCGUAACGAUCUGAUCUCGACGCGUGCAUAUACGUCGAUCGUUCGCGAGAAGCGUCGCAUGCGGCGGAUUUUUUACGGACCUCGACGUGGCUACGCGAGCCGAGGAAUACCCCGAGAGAUUAGACCGCGACAAAGGCGGUAGUCGGGCAUGGUCGCGGAGGAUGAGGAAGAAAUACAAAAAUAGCUGUCCCCGUGGUUGACCGGAGAUGCACAGCUGACCAGCCGCGUCAGAGAGCGAGAGAACGUGAGAGAAAGAGAGAGAGAGAGAGAGAGAAACAGAAAGAGAGAGAGAGAGUGAGAGAACGAGCGAGAACCCCGACGUUCGAUUAGCAUCGGCGAGUGUCACGACUUCGCGUCGGGACGACCAGACCGGGAAAAUCGAUUCGAUCGCGGUGUUUCGCGUAAACGCUUCGACUGCAAACACACCACGUGCCUUCACCGUCGUCGUGAACAGCUCUACUCUAUCCUGGGCGUCGCGACGCCCAUCCCCACUCGCACGGCCGUCUCGACUCAUCGCGCGAAAUCGAGCCGUUUCCGACGAAUUCGUCUCUUUCUUUCGUUCGUGGACCGAGCGAUUCAACAACGACGUCGUGGAGAUGUCCGAGUCAUGCGCCUCACCGAGACGUCCACGCUCCGCGAUUUCGUCUAUUGUGAAGUCUGACCUCGAUCCCGUCAGGUCCAGCGAGAUCCGCGAGCAUCGCCGAGGAGUGCCUGCGGUCAGGAAGAACGCGAACAUCCCGAGGAUCGAAGCCACGAGGUUGUUGACCCGCCGCAUCGCGACGCCGUCGCGUCAAUAUUUUUCGGCUAUAUCGGGUCGCUCGAUCGUCAAUUGAGAGUCACGAGGAUUCGAUGCGCGUGUCAGCUGUGAACGACGAUCGACGCGAUAUGAGACUUUGUCGACGAGAGAGGAGGAAUCGCGUCGAGGACGGACGUUACCGUUGGCGAGCGACGUUGGAGGCAUCGUCGUAGCUCUACCUAAAUCGUCGACGACGAUUACGCGACCAUCCGUGGAGGCCGACCGUCAGUCCAGUGGAAAUCGCGAAAACGCCGGCCGCGAGAGAGAGAUCCGUAUAAUCCACGCUAUAAAUAGAUGUUCUUUUCGCGUGGAUCCCGUCUCUUGAAGAGCACACACGCGCCACGGCAUCCAUCACGGCAGUGACAACGCGUGCACGUGCGACACGUAUGUCGAACGUUCGACAAGGUGGUACCGACCUUCCCCCCGGAUCGACGGCAGAAGGCCGUAUCGUCGUGACGUCCUGAAGCUAAAGAUCUUAGACAGAUAUCUAGAUAAAGACGAGAACUCUGGGUCCAAACGAACGUGGCGUCGAGCCUUUCGCAAACGUAGUCGCGCUCUUCGAUAGAGUCUUAAUCGUGACGUAUCGAUAUCGCGAAGACGAACAAGACCAAGAACAACGACCACCUAUCUCGGUGCUCCUGGCGGACGAAUAGACGCGAGAUAAGAGCACCUACAGGGAGACAACAGAUCUCUUUCUCGCACUGCCUUUUCGUAUCCGCUAAGAAGCCUGAGACAAGCAGAUGAGAUGCAUCGCUGAUUUACGCCCGCGAUCAUCUCGUCUGAUUAUAGCAACGAAAAUCUCUUUCUUUUCCUUAUCCUCGUUAAGUCAAGUCGCGUUACGUUACACUAUCUUACGGCUGAUCACUAUGCUCAACUCGUGCUGUGCUUUUUUCUACCGUGCUCGUGCAUUGUUUGCCGCGAGUGUUUUUUCCUAGUGCUUUAGUAAUUAUCGCGCGAUACAUUAGGGAUAGGGCCCGAGAUUGCGCCCUAACGUCACACGGUCAAAAAACGCGGAAGUCUCGGCUGUCCAGAUACCCGAAAAUCCUGUUCCUGAGAUGCCUGUUAGACGAGGUCACGUGGCGCCCAGAACUACGAUCAUCGAGACCAUCAUCCGAAAGUUCGAUACGCACGAUCGAAGCUUUUUAGUGGCGAAUGCGCAACAGGGACUAUGCCACAUUAUCUACUGCUCGGACGGUUUCUGCCGGCUGACGGGCUUCUCAAGGGCCGAGGUGAUGCAGCGUCCGGCGGUCUGCGACUUCCUACAUGGACCAAUGACGUCACCGCACGCGGUCGCGGCCCUGCGAGACGCCCUCGCCGCUGGCGUCGAAAAGCACUUCGAGAUCCUUUACUACAGAAAGGACGGAACCAAGUUCCUCUGCAGCGAGGUGAUAGCGCUAAUAAGGAGCGAGGUGGACGACAUUUGCCUACAAAUCAUAAACUUCGAGGACCUGAGCUCGCAGCCGCCGCCGCAGCCCGCGAUCCCGCCGCCGAGUCAGGCCAACAACAGGCUCGCGACACGCUUCGACAGGGCAAGGGCGUCCUUCCGAGCUGGCUUGUCGAGGACCGGUGUCGUUGGUCCACCAAGGGUCCGGAAUCGACCGCGCACGGCGGCUAAUCUGCCUCAUCGACUCGCUGACGGGACCAUCCUCGACGAGGACGCUUCUGAGAACUGCCCGUUAACAUGUGGCUCGCCCACGAUGAUGGAAUCUUGGGGUCUUGGGAGGACCGGCACGCCACCGCCGGGUCUGCCGCCCCCAUUGUCGGCGGGGAGCAACAACAAUGGUGGCGCAACAACAUCGGCGAUUAUCCCGAGUGUCAUACCGCAGCCCGGCACAACCGCUCCCAUCGCCAGUCCCGAGGGAGUGAGCGAUGUCUCGCAAAAGUCGGGAAUCUGGGAGGGCGCAAAUUCGUCGUCGGGGGGCGCCGCGGAGGGCCCCUCGCGGAGUGUUUCUCACGCAGCGAGUUUGGACGCGAUCUCGAAGAGAGCCGUGAAACCGGAAACGGCGAGGGCGCCUUGUCGCAGCCUCACCUGCAGCGUCUUAGCGGGCCGAGGGAGCGAACACGUCACCCUCGAGCGACGACCAGCCACAGUCGAUAAUCUAGCUGAAGCAGCGAAACAUUCGAAAAUCUUUCCUGGCGUUGCUUCUGAAAGCGAUCUGCAGAAAUGGCGAAUGUCCAAGGACCGGAAAUCGCCAUCUCUCAGUCAGAUGGGACAGGAUUCCAUCAAACACAAAUUUUCCUUACAAGACAAUGGAUCUGCAAAGUAUUUUCAAGGAGCGAUGCACACACCGAAUAUGGGAGAAAAAGUCGCUCAGGUUCUGUCCCUCGGAGCAGACGUCCUCCCAGAGUACAAAUUACAGUCCCCCAGAAUCCACAAGUGGACCAUAUUACACUAUUCGCCAUUCAAGGCAGUCUGGGAUUGGAUUAUAUUGCUGCUCGUGAUGUACACCGCCAUAUUUACGCCGUACGUCGCCGCUUUCGUUCUGUCGGAUCCGGAUUAUAACAGCAGGAAGAACAAAAAGUACAGCGACGACCCCAUCGUCAUCAUAGACUUUAUAGUCGACGUCACCUUCAUCGUGGACAUCAUUAUAAAUUUUCGCACGACGUUCGUCAACAGCAACGAUGAAGUGGUGUCCCAUCCUGGAAAGAUAGCCGUCCAUUACCUGAAGGGUUGGUUCAUCAUCGACCUGGUGGCCGCCAUUCCCUUCGAUCUCCUACUCGUCGGCUCGGAUACUGACGAGCUCGGCUUGGACAAGGACGAGACGACGACGCUGAUCGGACUCUUGAAGACGGCCCGUCUGCUGCGUCUCGUCAGGGUAGCCAGAAAGAUCGAUAGAUACAGCGAGUACGGAGCUGCGGUUUUGUUGCUCUUAAUGGCCACCUUUGCCCUCAUUGCUCAUUGGAUGGCGUGCAUAUGGUACGCCAUAGGAAACGCCGAGAGACCAACCCUGAAGAGUAAGGUUGGUUGGCUGGAUAUUUUAGCCAACGACACGCAUCAGUUUUACUUUCACAAUAACACUGGUGGACCGAGUAUAAAAAGUCGCUACAUCACGGCGCUGUAUUUUACCUUCAGUAGUCUUACGUCCGUAGGCUUUGGAAACGUGGCGCCCAAUACCGACGCCGAGAAGAUCUUUACAAUAGUCGUCAUGUUGAUCGGAUCUCUGAUGUACGCUAGCAUCUUCGGUAAUGUAUCGGCGAUCAUUCAGAGGUUGUACAGCGGCACAGCCCGGUAUCACACGCAGAUGCUCCGAGUUAGGGAAUUCAUAAGGUUCCAUCAGAUUCCGAAUCCCCUUCGCCAGCGAUUGGAGGAGUACUUUCAACACGCGUGGACCUAUACGAACGGCAUUGACAUGAAUAGUGUUCUGAAAGGAUUCCCCGAGUGCCUUCAGGCUGACAUCUGUCUUCAUCUCAAUAGGAAUCUUUUAAACAAUUGCCGAGCCUUCGAGGGGGCUAGUCCAGGUUGUUUAAGGGCAUUAUCCUUAAAGUUUAAGACGACGCAUGCGCCGCCUGGUGACACUUUAGUUCAUCGGGGGGACGUAUUGACCUCCCUGUAUUUUAUAUCCCGCGGGAGUAUCGAGAUACUGAAGGACGACAUCGUGAUGGCCAUUCUGGGCAAGGACGAUAUAUUCGGCGAGAAUCCGUGCAUUUAUCCGACGGUCGGAAAAUCGUCCUGUAACGUUCGCGCCCUUACUUAUUGCGAUCUUCAUAAAAUCCACCGGGACGAUCUGCUUGAUGUUCUGGCGCUUUAUCCAGAGUUCUCCAACCAUUUUAGCCAAAAUCUUGAGAUUACUUUCAAUAUGCGAGACGAGGAGCAGGCUGGUGUCGAUCCAAUAUCAGCAAGGUUUCCUAUCAGCACUCCUACCGACGUCGAUAUCGACGCCAGGAGAUUCGCUUUCCGUCCACCAAGAUAUCGUCGAGGACCCGGCGGUCCUGGCACAAAUCUUAUUCCCACAGGUCAACAAGACUCGUUGCAAGAUGAUCAAGAUGACUAUGAUAAAGGCAGCGGCCAUGGUAUCUUAGAGUUCAGCACGGACAAAGCCGGUCAGGAUGUAACGCCGUUAAAUCUGGAAUUCGACGAGCCCAAGCAGAGGAGCUCGACCUUAAACUCGAUAACUGGCAUGCUAACCCAUCUCAAGCGCAGCAUACCGGAUCUACGUCAGCACAAGAUUCACCUGCAGCCGCUUACCAGCCACGAUUAUCUCGCCAAGCAAAUAACUACGCCGCUGACGAAACCAGCGCGCCGGAGUUCCGCCGCUGGCGAGAGUAGCCUCAGUCAAAACGUCGUUCAUCCCACUUCGACAACGUCGAGCCACUACACCACACCAUCGCCCCCGCAGCAUCCUCAUUCCCAUGGCGACUUCCAGAGCGGCCCGGGUCGGCCCGUGGAGGAGAUCAACGCCAGGAUCGAUCUGCUGUCGCGACAGGUGUCCUCGCUGGAGCACUCGAUGGCCGGUGACAUCAGAUUGAUCUUGAGCUUGCUCCAGCAGACACUCAACUCGUCCAGGGAGAGCUCCAGCAUCGAGAUGAUGCCGGGGGCUGGCGCGAGACAGAGUAGCCGGGCACCGGCGUUGGUCCAGAGAUCGGCGAGCGAACCGCAACCACCAACAGUCCCGGCGAGCAACGGAAACGGGAAGAUUCAGCCCAGCACGUCGCACGGAUUGUUCAGUAGACCUCCCACGAGGGAGCCGACCUCUACGUCAUCGGGCACGUCGCGGCUGACCGUCACGUCAGAGGCGUCCGCACUUGCAACGGCAUUACAGACGGCCCUUAACAAUCGCACCGGGCCCACGAGGUCGCAGAGCCAACCGGUUGAUCUGGCCGUACCAACCAGCACGCAACAGCAGGCCCACGCUUGGCACAGUCAGCCCGCCGCCUUAAGAAGGGGUGAAUACCGGAGUGGCGUGUCCUGCGACAGAUACAGCUCGUUCAAUAAACGAUCGGAACCGGAGGGCGAGGAUCCCUGGAGCUGCGUGGUGUCGGAGGAACGUGGAGGCGGUGCAGGCCAGCGUCCUCGAAGCGGCGACUCACGCAAGGAUCCGUCGAACCAUCGCGGCGGCAACGGCACCGAGACCGCGUCGGGGCAACAGGGUCGAUCGGAGAGCAGACAACAGGAAGGCGGUGGCAGGGGACAGCAGGCGAGCGGUUCGCGACAGCAGGAGUCCUCGAGGCAGACCAGCGACGAUAUGUCAUGGGAGUUCACGAUAAACGAGGCGCCGAUCGCCAGGCUCGAAUCGCUGGACGAGCUCGAUCAGGAUCACGGUAGUUAAGGGGGAAGUGCGGGAGAAGGGGGGAAAAAAAUGUCCUGUCAGCCGGGAGCUACGACAUCGCCGUGAGGAUCGGCCUCCUCGUCCCAAGGGGACGCGGAAAGUCGCGACGAGGAGAAGCGCAACUGAGGGCCGUUUGAUUCCUCUCUUGAGGAAAUCUCGUUUUUAAUCCGAUCGACAACGUAGUCAACGCGACGCUACGCUUAUCUCGAAGUUAAAUCAUCUACAGCUGAGCCGCGAGCAAUGUAAAGCGACGCCUGCAGGUCAACUUUAGAGCGUGUAAUGUUGAAGGAAGCGUAGAGGGUUGAAAGUAGGAAUCCCCAUUUGUUAAUAAUUUGUUUACAUUAAAGAUAAAAAAAUUAAAAAGGAUAAUAUAGCGAGUUGAAGCAUAAGAAAGGCUAUCUGUACAUCGACAUAAUUUUUUAAACUUUUUAUUCGAAUUAUGAUGUAAAGAAUGUAAGAUACUCUUGUAAUAAUAAUAUUUCACGAAUAUGAGAAUUACGAGAGUAUGAUAAUAAAAAAGUUUUGAAAAAUUAUAUUAAAAAAUCGUAGAAACUUGACAUUUUUUAAAAAUAAAUAUUAAAAUAUUUUAUGCUUCCUCCAGUUACAUACGCUCUAGAACAUCAACGGACCUGUAAGCGUGAACAUUAUGUUUUUGUACUCGAAACAGCGAGAGCAUCGACUGUGAAAUGUACAUUUUCGUAAUGUGAAUGUACCUUUUUUUUUUAUUUGCCAAGAGUAUCUCUCGCAUUAUACCGACAUGUAACGGCCGUCACAUGUCUCGUUUCGCUCUGCUAAUUCGGAUUAAACGGUCGCUUGUUAAAAAUCAUCGUACGAUUUAGGCUCUUGAAACAUUCGGCUUCAGGUCGACGAGCGCUUGUCUCUUCGGGAUUCCCGACAGCAAUUCGAUAUUCGUUUCUUCAUAUCGAUUUUUUACGCGUCGAGAAGAGAAGCAAACGAAAGAAAUACACCGUAUUCGCCAAUUAGACGCCAAUUAUUUUACUCACACAGGAUCGCAAAUAAUUAUUUAUAUAUAUUUACACGUUGACACACUCGUACGCGCUGUAUAUCAUAAGAUAGGCACGUUAAAGGCGAAAGAGAUGCAUUGAAAGUACGUUGGAAUCGCGGAGAUUUUGACGGAGGACGAAAUCGCGAACCAAGUGUUUCGUCUUGCGCGAGAUUAAACAGUCGCAGAAAAAAAAAAAAAAGAAAAAGAAAUAUCUAACCCGUUAGAUAUCGCAUAGAUAUUCCCACGACGAAAUAUGGCCGGAUACGAAAAGUACGCGAUGAUUAAAAGUAUGUUGAGAAAAAUGAUCGUUUUAGAGCUGAUUUAUUUUAUCGCGCGAAAUAUUUUGGUAGCCUUCGCGAUUCGCAUUCUCGCCACAUUUCAAUGUUAAAUCGCGAUAAGAAACGCGACACUUUUGGAUCGAUAUCCGUUUGUUGGAAAGAACGAAAGAGCGAAAAGUAGUUUUCGAGCGAAUUAGUCGCGAUUUCUGGCGGGUUAAUUAAUUAAGACGAUCGUUAGGGCACCUUCCUUUUUUAUUCUUGCUUAUAUAGGCAACGUUAGACGACGGUAUUAAGGUAACGAUACUUAAGACAAGUUUCUCGCAAUGUCGAAAGGUAUUAUCGCAUAGUAAUUUAAGCCGGUUAAACAUCGCUGGAACACAAAGAAACAAUUUUUCUUUUUUUUUUCA